AUGAAGACGACUUGGAAAGAUAUCCAACCUGUUCCGACAUCUCAAGAGUUUCUUGAUAUUGUUCUAAGCAGAACACAGCGCCGCUUGCCAACUCAGAUACGAAGUGGAUUUCAAAUCAGUCGAAUUAGAAAUUUCUACACCAGAAAGGUCAAAUUCACACAAGAGACGUUUACGGAGAAGCUCUCGCUCAUCCUAGAUGGGUUCCCCCGCCUCCAAGAUAUCCAUCCUUUCCACAAAGAUCUCCUCAAUACCCUCUACGAUGCCGACCAUUUCCGAAUCGCCCUUGGCCAACUGUCGACCGCGAAGCAUUUGAUUGAGAUUGUGUCGAGAGAUUAUGUCCGCCUUCUCAAGUAUGCGCAAUCCCUCUUCCAAUGCAAACAACUCAAGCGCGCGGCUUUGGGUCGUAUGGCUACUAUAUGCCGAAGACUCAAAGACCCCCUCCUCUACCUCGACCAAGUGCGCCAGCAUCUUGGCCGUCUCCCUUCGAUCGACCCAAAUACGAGAACACUUCUCAUUUGCGGAUAUCCCAAUGUUGGAAAAUCGAGUUUUUUGAAGAGUGUUACAAGAGCGGAUGUCGAUGUUCAGCCAUAUGCUUUCACGACCAAGAGUUUAUUUGUGGGCCAUUUCGAUUACAAGUAUUUGCGAUUCCAAGCCAUUGAUACACCCGGUAUAUUGGAUCACCCUCUCGAAGAGAUGAAUACGAUUGAAAUGCAAUCUAUCACCGCUAUUGCACAUCUUCGAUCGGCCAUUCUAUACUUCAUGGAUCUUUCAGAGCAGUGUGGAUAUACAGUUCAGGCACAAAUGCAGCUGUUUCAAAGUAUCAAGCCCCUGUUUGCAAACAAACUCGUGUUCAUCGUUAUCAACAAGAUUGAUGUUACCCGACCUGAAGACCUCGACGAGGAAACACAGGCGCAACUCCAAGCACUUCUCAAGCCCGGAGACGUCGAAAUGCUUCAGCUCUCUUGCACGACCGAGGAAGGAGUCCAGGAAGUCAAAAACGCCGCAUGCGAGCGAUUGAUCGCUGACCGCGUAGCCCAAAAGCUCAAGGCUGGCACAAACACUAGCGGAGCCGUUGGUGGCCGAUUAGGAGAUGUACUCACCCGAAUCCACGUCGCCCGCCCAAUGGGCGGCGUUGUUCGCGAAGCCUUCAUCCCCGAAGCCGUCAAGAACCGCCAAAAAUACGACAAGAACGACCCCAUGCGCCCCAAGCUCGCCCGUGACAUUGAAGAAGAGAACGGCGGCGCAGGCGUCUUCAACGUCGACCUGAAAGACCAAUACCUCCUCGCCGACGACGCCUGGAAGCACGACAAGAUCCCCGAGAUCCUAGACGGCAAGAAUAUCGCCGACUUUGUCGACCCCGACAUCGAAGCCAAGCUCGCAGCCCUGGAAGAGGAAGAAGAGAAGCUAGAAGCAGAAGGCUACUACGACUCGGACGAUAGCAUAGAAGACGCAGAGGACGCCGACAUCCGCAUGAAGGCCAGCCUGAUCCGCGACAAACAAGCCCAGAUCAAAAACACAGCCAAGAUGAAGAAAUCCCUCAAGAACCGCGCCAUCAUCCCCCGC